AGACAGGGCCUGGCAGCGUUCAGCAGCAGGCACUUCACUUCAUCAGGGCACGUUUGGUGUGAGCAGAUCUGCUUCCCUGCACUGCAGCUGUGUGGGAACCUGUGUGGUGUCCUGAACACGCUGGGGAAUAUCAUCACUUACCUGGAUUUCAGUUCAAAAUGGCCUAAGAGAAGCUUAUGUCAGCAUUCAUUACCUCCCAGCUCCUCCCAAAAUGUAGUAACAAGUCACCACACUACUGAGUGACUUGGAGAAGUUUCAGAAAACGUUCAUGCAGAACAGAUUGUAAGAUCUUUGUUCAAUUCACAUUACGUUUGUUCCAUGCUGUAUGUUUGAGGUUCUGCAUUAUUUGUGAGGCCUCUGGAUGAGCUGUGGGGUGGCACAGGGUCUGUCAUGGCUGUGCCAGUGCCUCCAGCAUUCCUGCAGCAUUCCUGUGCUCCUUGCCCACUCUGAGGACAGGGAUCCUGCUGGGAGAGGGGGCCUUACCAUCGUGCUCGAAGGUUUGAGCUGCUCUGGGAGUGAAGAGGGUUGGCUCUGCUCUGUGCUGGUGCCAAAGCAGAGCUCUCUCUCCUCUGGUUCAUCAGCAAUAGUGUUUGCACCGUUACUGCUCACUAGCACAUGUUGUUUUGGACUCCUCAAGUAGUCUGGCUGUUCAUUUGACAUUAUUAUUAUUUACAUAGGGCCCAGACUUGCUCUCUUUUAUUGCCUGCAGCACGAUGUUUGUUCAGACUGGGCAUUGUGAAGUGUAAACCCAGGUCCCACUGGCACCAGUACUCAGCUCUGCCUUUUCUAGAAGCAGACCAGUCCAUGAUGCCCGAGGUGCGAGACCUCAGCGAUGCCCUGCCCGAGCUGCCCCUGGAUCCCAUCACGGGCGUCGGCGUGGUCGCCUCCCGCAGCCGAGCUCCCACUGGAUACGAUGUUGUUGCACAAACAGCAGAUGGCUUGGAUGCUGACCUGUGGAAAGAUGGCUUAUUUAAAUCCAAGGUCACACGGUACCUGUGCUUCACCAGAUCAUUUUCAAAAGAAAAUAGCCAUUUAGGCAAUGUCUUGGUGGAUAUGAAGCUCAUUGAUAUCAAGGACACUUUACCUGUAGGCUUCAUGCCCAUCCAGGAGACCAUUGAUACACAAGAAGUAGCCUUCAGAAAGAAGAGGCUGUGCAUUAAAUUCAUUCCACGAGAUUCUACAGAGGCAGCGAUCUGCGAUAUCCGAAUCCUGGGCAGGUCUAAGCAAGCCCCUCCCCAGUACACGUUCAUAGGGGAGCUGAACAGCAUGGGCAUCUGGUACCGCAUGGGCAGAGUGCCCCGCAACCACGACCCCGCCCAGCCCGCACCUCCUCCCGCCCCAGCGCCGGCUCCAGCCCCCGCUCCCAACCUGCCAAGGCACAUCUCACUGACACUGCCAGCCAGCUUUCGGGGCAAGAGCCACAGCACCCGCCUGGAUUUGGAGCACUCCAACCUGUAUGCCAUCUCAGCAAUGGAUGGAGUGCCUUUUAUGAUUUCGGAGAAGUUUGCCUGUGCUCCUGAAGGGAUGCAGCCAGUUGAUCUCUUGGGUAUCACAAUCAAAACCCUUGCAGAAAUUGAAAAGGAGUACGACUACAGCUUCCGGACGGAGCAGAGCGCCGCCGCCCGCCUGCCGCCCAGCCCCACCCGCUGCCCGCCCGUCACGGUGCCGCCGUCCUGAGGGGCCACCACGGCCAGACAGCGUGGGGUGUGCACUGCUGAGCAGGGCUGGGACACGGGGACACGGCCACAGGACCAUCCAUCAUGGAACCAUCCACCCACCAGGGAACCAUCCACCAUGGAGCCGUCUAUCUACCAUGGAGCCAUCCACCAUGGAACCAUCAACCAACAUGGAACCAUCCACCCACCAUGGA